AUGGGGCGGCGGCGGCGGCGUCGCCGGGUGGACCCGGCGAACGCGGCCCGGGCCCUGCCCGAGGCCAUCGCCGCGUUGAGUCAGACGCUGCCCGCCGGACCCAGCCCCGAGACCUUCCGCCGCGCCAAGUUCGACCGUCCGGAGGCGGCCCCCGCGCUCUGGCGGCUGCUCUUUUGCGUGCUCUCGCCGCAGCUGCCCGACGACGCCUCGGCCUCAUUCUCCCCGGAGGCCCAGGUCCGCUCUGUGAAGUUGGCGCUGCGCGCCCAGGGCUACCCUAGGCGGGCCCUGGCACAGCUCCCGGACGACGGCUCCCAGGGCGGCCGCGAGCUGCUGCUGGCCCUGGCCUGGCUCCUGGCCCGCGGGCCCCUGCCCGAGCGGCUGCUGGCCCAGAACCGCGUGCAGCUGGGCGACGAGAUGCACGUGUGCGAGUGCGAGGCCCUGGCCAGCCCUGGCCCUCCUGCCCCCAGUGUGGAAGCAGACGGCUGUGUGGACAUCCGCCACCUGCAGUGGCUGAUGGGAAAGCUGCGGUUCCGGUGGCGAAACCUGAUGGCCAGUCAGCAGGAGCAGUGCGCCCUCCUGGGCAAGAUCCACUCAUAUACCCGUGGCUGCCACAGCGACUGCAGCCUUGGCCACCUGUCUGUCACCGAAACGGAGCUGCUCAGAGACCCGGAGGGUGGCCGGCAGCUGCUGCGGAGGCUGGAGAGGGAGAACGCUCGGCUGCAGGCGGCCCUCGAGUGGCGGCGCCGGGAGCUGGUCUUCUGGCAGUGGAUGGACACGGUCCUGGACGCCUGCCCCCCUGAGGCCUCACAGCCCACGUUUCUGCCCAGGAUCCCCACGCCAGGGGCUGGAGCAUUGGAGCCCCUGGUGCGGGAGCUGCAGGCCCUGCAGGGAGAGCUGCGAGAGGCGGUGGAGGCCCGGCGGGCGGCCUGGGAGGCCGGAGGCAGUUUUGGUGUUGGAGGCCGUGGGCCCGAGUGGAGCGCCGCGAGGACGGCCUUGCGGGAGGCCGUGGGGCAGGACCUGGCAGCUCUGCGGCGGGCCUGCGAGCGAGGCGGCAGCCUGGUCCAGCCCCACGGGCCCCGCCGGCUGGUGAGGACUGAGGCUGGGGCGCCUGGGGGCCCAGGCCUGCGGGCCCCUGAGGUGAUUGAGGCGCUGAGGAGCCGGGAGGCCCACCUGGAGGUGGUGCUGCGCCAGCUCCAGGGCCAGUGUCGGCAGGAGCUGGCCAGGCUGGUGGGAGCCCUGCCCGGCCUCGUCUGGAUCCUGCCACCUGGACGCUGACGCUCCCUUCUCCAGGGGGCACCCCCCCUCAGCCUGGCUGGGCCUUGGAGGGGCAGAUUCCAGGCCGGGUAGCUGCAGGGGUGACACAGACACAGCCCCGGUGGUACAGGCACG